AUGACCCUCUUCGAGCGCGGCGCAAAUCCUUCCAAGACGCACACCUCGCAAAUCGCGCACUCGAUCGAGCUCAACGCCUCCACCGACUCUGCCACCAAGGCCUCGUUCCGCAACUACGAAGAUGCCACGGGCACGCACACAAAGUUUCUCCUGGUUGAUACCCCCGGCCACGGAAAGCUUCGCAACGUGUCCAUGGGCAAAUUGGCUCGCACGGAGAAAGUAAAGGCUGUUGUCUUCAUGGUUGACGCGGCCGCUCUGGGCGAACAGGAGACACUCGCGCCCACGGCUGCCUAUCUUUACGACGUGCUGCUGUUUCUGCAAAAGAGGGCUUCUUCCAAGGGCAAGGACAAGAUUUCUAUCCCGGUGCUCAUUGCGGCCAACAAGAUGGACUUGUUCACUGCCUUGCCUGCGACCAUGGUCAAGAGCCACUUGGAGACGGAGCUGUCCCGAAUUCGCGCCUCCAAAAGCAAGGGCCUGCUCGAUUCGGGUGUUGGAAUCGACGAUAUUGGCUCAGAGGAGCAGGAUGGCUGGUUGGGAGAGUACGGAUCCGAGAAGUUUACUUUCCAGCAGAUGAACGAGUUUGACAUUGAUAUCGACGUGCUGGCUGGCAGCGUCUUGACGGAAGAGCCUGGCGCUGAUAAGUGGUGGUGGUGGAUCGCCCAGAGGGUAGUCGGAUGA